GCCCCACCUCCCGGUUCCUGGCUUUCCUGAGUCGUGCGCGUCGGCGACGGUAGUGACGUGUAUUGCCCGGAGGAUGGCGGACGCCGGCUUGCGCCGCGUGGUUCCCAGCGACCUGUAUCCCCUCGUGCUCGGCUUUCUACGCGAUAACCAGCUGUCGGAGGUGGCCAAUAAGUUCGCCAAGGCAACAGGCGCUACCCAGCAGGAUGCCAAUGCCUCUUCUCUCUUGGACAUCUAUAGCUUCUGGCUCAACAGGUCCCCCAAGGCCCCAAAGCGGAAGUUACAAGCAAACGGACCUGUGGCUAAGAAGGCUAAGAAGACCUCCUCCAGUGAUAGCAGUGAAGACAGCAGUGAGGAAGAAAAUGCUCAAGGGCCUCCAGCUAAGAAAGCUGCUAUACCUGCCAAGCGGACCAAUCUGCCUCAGCAUGUUGGAAAGGGUGCAGUCAAACCAUCUGAGAGCAGCAGUAGUGAAGAAUCCAGUGAUGAGGAGGAAGAGGACAAAAGGAAAAAGCCUGUUCAGAAAGUAGUUAAGCCCCAAGCCAAGGUGGUCAAAGUUCCUCCUAAGAAUAAGGCAGCUGAGAGUUCUGAUUCUGAUUCUGACUCAAGUUCAGAGGAUGAGGCACCAAAGAACCAGAAGCCAAAGACAACACCUGUGACAGCUAAAGCUCAGGCAAAAGCCCCGCCCAAACCAGGUACUCCAGCUCGGGCAGCACCCAAAGUAGCCAAUGGCAAAGCAGCUAGCAGCAGCAGCAGCAGCAGCAGCAGCAGCAGCAGUAGUGAUGACUCAGAGGAGGAGAAGGCAGCAGCCACCGCUAAGAAGGCUGUACCUAAAAAGCAAGUUGUAGCCAAGGCCCCAGUGAAAGCAGCUGCUGUCCCUGCCCAAAAGAGUUCCAGCAGUGAGGACUCCUCCAGUGAGGAAGAAGAAGAAGAGCAGAAAAAACCUGUGAAGAAAAAGCCAGGACCCUAUAGUUCAGUACCCCCGCCUUCUGUUCCCCCACCCAAGAAGUCCCUUGGAACCCAGGCUCCCAAAAAAGCUGCAGAGAAGAACCAGCCUGUGGAGAGCAGUGAGGACAGCAGUGAUGAGUCUGAUUCAAGUUCUGAAGAAGAAACAAAACCCCCAGCUAAGGCAGGCACCACAAAAGCAACUGCUAAACCAGUUCCAGCAAAGAAGGCAGCAGAGAGCUCUUCGGACAGCUCAGACUCAGACAGUUCUGAGGAUGAAGCUCCUGCCAAGGCAGUCAUUACUACUAAGAGUCCUUCAAGUAAACCAGCUGCCACUUCUAAGCAGCUUGCAGCUAAACCUAAGCAGCUUGCAGCUAAACCAUCCAUAACUCCCAAGCAGACUGCAGGCAGUGGCCAGAAGCCUCUGACUAGAAAGGCUGAUAGCAGCUCCAGUGAGGAGGAGAGCAGUUCUAGUGAGGAGGAGGUGGAGACAAAGAAGACUGUGGCCACCCCUAAGACUACCCCUAAGGUGACAGCCAAAGCAGCUCCAUCUCUGCCUGCCAAACAGGCCCCUCAGGGUGGUGAGAAUAGCAGCUCUGAUUCAGAUAGCUCCAGCAGCGAAGAAGAGGAAGAAGAGAAGACAUCUAAAUCUCCAGCUAAAAAGAAGCCACAGAAGGCAGCAGGAACUAUAACUCCAUCCAAACCAGCCUCCACAAAGAAAGUAAAGGCUGAGAGUGACAGCAGUUCUUCCUCUGAUGACUCCAGUGAGGAGGAGGAGGAGGAGAAGCCCAAAGGCAAGGGCACCCCAAGACUACAAACCCCCAAGACCAAUGGUACUUCUGUGCUGACUGCUCAGAAUGGAAAAGCAGAUAGAGACAGUGAGGAAGAGGAGGAAGAAAAGAAAAAGGCAACGGUGGCAGUUUCCAAGCCAGGUUCAGGGAAGAAGCGGAAGCAGAAUGAGGCUACCAAGGAGGUGGAGACUCCUCACGCCAAGAAGAUAAAGCUUCAGACCCCCAACACAUUUCCAAAAAGGAAGAAAGGAGAAAAAAGGGCAUCAUCCCCAUUCCGAAGGAUCAGGGAGGAGGAAAUUGAGGUGGAUGCCCGAGUAGCAGAUAACUCCUUUGAUGCCAAGCGAGGUGCAGCCGGAGACUGGGGAGAGCGAGCCAAUCAGGUUCUGAAGUUCACCAAAGGCAAAUCCUUCCGGCAUGAGAAAACCAAGAAGAAGCGGGGUAGCUACCGGGGAGGCUCCAUCUCUGUCCAGGUCAAUUCCAUUAAGUUUGACAGCGAGUGACCUGGCACUCUGCCCUCGAAGCAGGGGUGAAUACCUGAGACCACUUACUUUCCCAGCUGUUAGGGGAGAGUGUUGGUGAGGACAGCAAUUUAGAAUAGGUCUGAGAACAUUGCAUCAUAACAUCUCUGGUCUUUUUCUGUGUUCUGUAGUUUUGUACAGAUUUGGUUUUGAGUGUUAAGUAACAAGGAUAAGGCAAGGGGAAUGUUGUGUUUUUUUUUAAGAAAAUUCAUUUUAGUUGUCACCCCCUCUCCCUAUUCAUUGGAAGUCCUCAUACUGAGAAAUUUGUAUAUUUUAUAUUAAAUCAUUUCCUGUUGAUUUUUGUUGUGAUUUUUUAGAAGUGGGUUCCCACAGAUAAAAUCUUAGCUGUUGCUCAAGACAUAGUAAAGGUCACCUGUAUGGAUUUGUCUAACUGGUGAAUUCUGCCUAUGUGAGUACACAGAUCCACACUUCAUUCCUCCUACCUCUCAGAGCCCUGGUGAGGGGGUGAAGAAUGGUUAAUACAUAUGUCUGUGAAGCAUGCACUCGUUCCUUGGCUCUAAGACUGAAGUUUUCAGCCAGCAUGGGUUUACCUACUUUUUUUGGUCACUGUUUUAUUGUAGGCAAAAUUCUGGUAUGGUGCGAAUGUCAUGGGUCUGUUUGAAUAGCUUAUUUUCUGUAAUUUUACCAUUGUAUGUCAGCAACACAUUUGGUUUUUUGUAAUUUGAAAGCAAACUUUUCUAUCGUUCAGAGAUUUUUUAAUGACUUGACACUUAGCUAGUGUUGAGUACUAAAUUGAGGACUACACUUUUUCCUUUUUUUUUUUUUGGUACAUUUUAGAGUACAAAGUUGUGUUAAUUUAAUCUGAAAAGCACAUAUCACUUGAUAUUUCUGUCUUGGUAGGAGUGGUGACACAAAACUGGUCUCAUUAACUCCUAAAUGGUUGUAAAUCAAUACUUAAGAAAAAAAGUUAAUGAAAAAAAAAACUAAAAACCUCAAUUUUUCAGUAGGAGUUAGGUUACAAUAGUCAGGUGAAUUGAGAGGUAACCUAUGUAUGUGCUAAUAGAGGUGGGAAGAGCCUUUACAAAGUAUAUUAUCAGUAAAACUUGAGAGGGAUUGGGAGAGCAUAUUAAGGGGAAUAUUGUGUUUUGUAGUUGGUAUAUGGGAGCAAUUGAUGUGCCCUCUUUAGAACCUUGACUGUCAGCGAUAGGGAGGGUAACAAACAAAUGAGCAGAGAUGGGACUCUUAGGCCAACCUGGCUGAUUGUAAAGCUGUAGGAGACAACAGUUGGCAGUACUUAGCCAAAGCAAAAUGUGGAGGAAAUAGUCCCCCAACUCUGGAAGCGGGGCUGUCCCUGUGGUGGGAAGGUGUGCUCUAUCUUCAUGGAUGAGGUAUCUGGUCUUAAGAUUAGCUUCCUUGGUAUGAAUUCCAUACUCUCUGAAUAACCUGAUAAUAACUGAGUUUUCCUUGUAACUGCCUCUGGGAAGAAAAUGUGCUAUUCAUGCUGACAUAGGUAUUUCAGUCUGCAUGGUAAAAAUUAAACAACUACAAAACAAUAAACUGCUGGUUUAUACUGUGUCUUGGGAUUUUUAUUGUGAGUCUGA